UGAAGCCUGAGGAAGGAGAAAGGCGCCAUUUCUGAUAAGGGCUGUAGAGUUUCUGAUUGGAGACUGAUAGGAAUUCCUUUCUCAGCUAUAGGAACGUGUAUUUAACUCUGAUACAGUCUCCUUGGUUUCUCUCAGGCCGGGGAAAUAAAGUUAUAGAGUCGUUUUUGGCAGCAAUUAGGGAACGCCUGGGAGCUGAAUAUGGAGUGUUGGUUUGGGCAAUUGAUUCAAAUAAAAUAGCAAAACAGCCUGGAAGGUAAACUCUCACUUUACCUGGAGAGAUGUCUUCAGAUGUGGUGUCACACACUUUUGCAUAAGAAAUAAUGGAACGAUGUUACAGAAGAGAUACAUUCAAUCAUUGCGACUAAUACUAAGUAUUCCAGCAUGAUUCAAGAUGGCUUCCUACACAUAUGUUUUUGGGUAGUGUUAUGCCCCCUUUAUAUUGGAUUGAAGGCAGAUCUUCUGAUGGAUGAAGUGGGCUCUCCCACUGUGUAUAUGAAUAGCACUUCAGGCACCUUAGGCUUUUGUGAAAGAAGAAGGAAAGUUUAUUCAGUGGAUCAGUGGCGUUUGUCAACAGAGGAUAUACUUGAUGAAUUGCCUGUUGAUCCUAACAGAAACAAUUAUGUUAGAAGAGUGCAAGAAUGUAUUUUUUCCUAUGUCUCCCCAACUCCAUUCACGUCAGAUGUCCGACUCGUAGCUGUUUCAGAGGAUGCCUUGGAGAACCUUCUAGAUCUUGCCAUUUCUGUUGGAGAGACAGAUGCAUUUCUUCAAUUUGUAAGUGGGAGAGAUGGCUUUACUGACUGGGGGCCACUUGCGCACCGAUAUGGGGGACAUCAGUUUGGUGUUUGGGCCGGGCAGCUGGGCGAUGGAAGAGCGCAUUUAAUCGGCACCUACAUCAACAGGUUUGGAGAGCGAUGGGAGCUGCAGUUAAAGGGGUCAGGAAGGACACCAUAUUCCAGAGGUGGAGAUGGAAGAGCCGUGCUCCGUUCAUCAGUACGAGAGUUCCUAUGCAGCGAGGCCAUGCAUUAUCUUGGCAUUCCCACCAGCAGAGCUGCAAGUCUUAUUGUAAGUGAUGACGCAGUGUGGAGAGACCAGUUCUACAAUGGCAGCCUGAGAAGGGAAAGGGGAGCAAUGGUAUUGCGUGUUGCCAAGUCGUGGUUUCGAAUUGGUUCGCUUGAAAUUUUGUCUCAUUCUGGAGAAUUUGAGUUACUGAGGAAACUGGUAGACUUCAUCAUCACAAACUAUUUCCCUUCAAUCAACAGCAAAGCUCCUAACAGAACCCUGACAUUUUUCUCUAUCGUGGUAUCUGAAACAGCAAAUCUCAUAGCCUCGUGGAUGUCAGUUGGAUUUGCUCAUGGUGUGUGCAAUACUGACAAUUUUAGUCUAUUAUCCAUCACCAUAGACUAUGGCCCGUUUGGUUUCAUGGAGAGCUAUGAUGCUGAUUAUGUUCCAAACACGUCUGAUGAUGAAGGACGAUAUAGCAUUGGAAACCAAGCCAACGUGGCAAUGUUUAAUCUGAACAAAUUGCGUUUAGCUCUAAAUCCUCUUUUGGAUUCCAAACAGCAACAGCAAGCUUCCCAAGUGCUUCGAGGAUUUCCAGAUCUCUAUUACAAGAGAUUCACUGAGCUGUUCAGAGCUAAACUGGGCAUUCUGGGUGAAAAUGAUCAGGAUUUGGCCUUGAUUUCAUCCUUCCUCGAUCUAAUGGCAAGUACCAGGGCAGAUUUUAUAAUGUCAUUUCGGCAGCUGAGUGAGAUCUCACAGGAUCAGCUACGGAGCCUUUCCAUUCCCCAGGAAUAUUGGGCAUUACAAGAUAUCGGUCAACAAAAGCAAUUCCUGGCAUGGAUUGAUGCCUACAUUCUGAGAUUAAAAAGGAAUCCUGAGGACACGGAUGAAAAAAGGAGACGCCGGAUGAUGUUGAUCAAUCCAAGAUAUGUAUUAAGGAACUGGAUGGCGGAGUCAGCAGUGCGCAAGGCUGAAUCAAAUGACUUCUCUGAGGUUCAUCUACUGCAGAAAACCCUGUGCCAACCUUUCCAUACACAGAAAAUGGCAGAGGAAGCAGGAUAUUCCCAGCGCACCCCAGCAUGGGCCAAACAUUUGAAAGUCAGCUGUUCCUCUUAAAGGGAUUCUGUCAUGAUUUUUAUGGGGUACUUUUUAUUUCUAAAUUACACUCCUAACCCCUCCUAAAUUCCCCCCUAGUAAUAGGAACCCAUAUUAAAUAUAAAUCAUACUGUGCUACACAUCCUGUCCCCUGGAGUCUGCCAGGCCGAAGUAAAAUAAAGCAGCCCUGUAUAACAUAUACUUUAUAAACAGUAGUACAUUGCGGCAGUACGCACAUAUUUCAGGCUCUACCUGGCCGUUUAUCAAGCCAUCAUUACCAGUGAUAUGCUUGAAUGUAUAGUGCAUCACAUAAUGCCAUCUUGUGGCCAAAGUUAAAAACACAUUCCAGAUGGAUAAAGAUAUAAUAUAACAUUGCUGCAAUUGUCACAGUACAAAAACCUUUUUGUUGCACUUUUCAUCCAAAUGGAGAUUAUAUAAAGCAUUGUGUAAAAAUAAAAGACAAGAAACUUUUACUCAAUCACCUCCUCUACGUUACUUUUCUUUUUACAAUUUGUCCACAAUUUGGAAUAUACGGUAAGUUGAUUUGUCCUAUAUAUGUUGAAGCCCCAUUUGUACAAAGUGACCCCCAUGCAGCUUGUGUCAUUUCUGGGUCUUGUAACAGAUUAAUGUUCCGUAAUGCUUCCAGGGUGGUGCCUGUUGUUUGUCCAACAUAAGUGCCCAGUGCCCCUGAUGAAGUCGGAAUAAAAAUGAAACAAUUUGGACUGUACCAUUUGAGACAUAAUGUAGCAACUAGCAAUAUGAUUACUAAGAGUUACCUUAUGUUUCACCUAUAAUAAAUCCUCUCUACUCUGGGUUUGUCUGGUUUAGCUGUUCCUCCCUCAGAAACUAAAACCAUUGCAGGAGCAUUGGAAUUCUGGAGGACAGGUCAUUCUGCCUCAUUAAUAUGAAAUAACGGCCUGUGGGAGUCUGAUAUAUCACUAGGUAAACUUUCUAUUGAUUCAGUAAUUGGCUACGUAUGUUACAGCAUAAGUGCCUCAUUGUGUCUGAUUGUGCCUGUAAUUAGGGGUAAUAUUCUUGUUUUAACAUAUUAUUCCUAAUAUAUCAUGUUUCUAUUGAACACUUCAUGCAUUCAUUGGUCAGCAAAUGAAUGUAUUCAGGUAAUGUGGGAACAUAAAUCACAUGCUCUCAUCUGCAUUGUUAUUAAGGUAAUUGUGCCUGGCACUGAGCUGGGUUACAUGGCAGAACAACCAAAGUAUUGCCAGAUGCUCAGCUCAUCUUGUGUUUCUGCAGUUGCACAUAGGUAGAAAUAUUAAGCUUAUAGUCCAUUUAAUUCUUUGCUUACGAAAAAGCCUCUAAUAAAGACACUAUAAAUCACU